ACAGCAUGGACGAUGCCAGCCAGUGAAAGUCACUCCAGAGCUAAUGGGUAUGAUGAAUGUGUGAAAGACAAGUGCCUUCAACACCAGGGGACUACAAGCGUGCUAGUGAAACUCCAACAACACUGUCAACGAGAGUAGCAUCCACGGUGAUGUAGCAUUAAGCUAACAGCUAGCUCACGUUUCUCAACCUGCUAUUUCGCUAACUUAACUUGGAAACCGCCUCUGAAGAACCUGCUAGAAACAACGCAACAAGUGAGGACAUUUCGCAGUGAUGUCACAGUUGUAAGCUCUCAGCACCUGGUGUUGGUGCCCCCCCCGUGCAGUGGUUGAAUUCAUGAGCCGGCUCAGUGACAGCCGUGCAUAGUCCUCGGGGAUGGGGAGUGGAGUUCAGGAACAACGGGCAACACUCGCGCCGGCAGAAGUGCUGCCGCUGGCUUCCUCCAGUCAGUCAGAAGGGAGCUAUGAGGGCCUGAAGCAAACCCGGUCUGUCCUCAACUCGCUCUUCUCUGGGGCUUUAGCGGGGGCUGUGGCCAAGACAGCUGUCGCUCCAUUGGACAGGACUAAAAUCAUCUUCCAAGUGUCUUCAGCAAGAUUCUCUGCCAAGGAGGCCUACAGGUUGAUCUACCGCACCUACCUGAAGAAUGGAUUCCUCAGUCUGUGGAGGGGCAACUCUGCCACCAUGGUGCGAGUCAUCCCAUACGCUGCCAUCCAGUUUUGUGCACACGAGCAGUACAAGGGACUGUUGGGAGGCUACUUUGGCUUUCAGGGGAAAGCCCUUCCUCCAGUUCCAAGGUUAUUGGCGGGGUCUAUGGCGGGUGCCACAGCAGCCAUGGUGACCUAUCCUCUGGACAUGGUGCGAGCUAGGAUGGCUGUAACACCAAAGGAAAUGUACAGUAACAUCCUGCACGUGUUUGUGAGGAUAUCCCGAGAAGAGGGCCUAAAGACAUUGUAUCGAGGCUUUAAUCCCACCAUGCUGGGUGUUAUUCCCUAUGCUGGUCUCAGCUUCUUUACCUAUGAGACAUUGAAGAAAUCACAUGCAGAGCGCAGUGGGCGCCCACAGCCCUACUCAUAUGAACGUCUGGCGUUUGGAGCCUGUGCAGGACUUCUUGGCCAGUCUGCGUCUUAUCCUCUGGAUGUGGUACGACGUCGUAUGCAGACUGCAGGAGUCACGGGUCACACCUACGGCACCAUCCUGGGUACCAUGAAGGAGAUUGUAGCUGAGGAAGGGGUCAUCCGUGGACUCUACAAAGGUCUGAGUAUGAACUGGGUCAAAGGGCCCAUUGCAGUGGGGAUCAGCUUCACCACCUUUGACCUUACUCAGAUUCUCUUGAAGAAACUGCAUCAGAUGGGCUACACAGCUCGAUAAUAACGAUACAGAGGGAGGAAAAUGGUGAUUGUGCAAACACACACUGGCUCAGGAUGCGGGAUAUUUAUGUAUUCUCUCGCUUUAUCUGUGUGAAGCGAGGGAUGUACAGUCCCUGUAGGAGUGAGGUUUGUACACACUGGUGUCAUGUACAGCUAAGUGCAAUAUGCUCAGUGAUUUUUCUGUGUGAUUAUGUGUGCACAUAAUUUAUAACGCGUCUGCCCUCGUGGACCAGGCCUGUGAGUGUCAGUCUGAGAGUUUAGAGGUUCACGCACACACUGAGGUCUCCCAACUGCCUUGUGUAUCUGCUUAAAACUGACACCUUCCAGUGCAAUGCAGGUUGCCACACAUUUAUUAGUAACAUUUUAAGAAGCAUUUGAUUUAAUAACCGUAAGAUAUGCCCCCUUGAGAUUAGUUUUGUCAUGAGUGUGUCUUUGUUUUUAAGGAAUUAUACCAAAGGUUCUCAUGUGAGCUAGUUGCAGAUUAUAUGAUGUUAGUGGUGUUUGUGUAUUGAAGCACAAAAAUUGUCAGAGUACGAUUUUGGAGCAACAAUCUUGCCGUAGCACAAAGAUAACUAUUACUGCCAUCAUAUGGCCAGUUUUUGGGUCUAGUUGAAUAUAUUGAAUCAUUAUGAGUCCUGUAUCUAUAAGAUUGAAUUCACAGACUUUUAUUUGUAGAUCAGCUGUAGUGAUGACUUCAGACAAAUGAGCUAGAUUUUAUGCCAGUGCCAACGUUUAUGAAGUAUAAAGAGUGCCCAAAUUAUUAUCUUUGUUUUCACUGUGAUCAUAUAUAAUGGGCUUUUUGAAAAACAUUGUCAAUGACAAUGGAAAGUUUAGUUGUUGGAAUGUGUUAGACAAAUGAUUAGACAGACAUCUGUACGAGACGAGAAUACUAGUUGAAAAUAACUCCUUUGGACAAACAGUCCCAUGUUAUGAACAUUAAGCAAGUUAAUAGGUAAUUUUCCAACUUUGAGAUCCUAAACAAUGCUUUACCAGUUUAGUAGGAACACAUGGACAGUCUAAUGUGACCCAAUACAACAACUCUGCAAUGAGCACUACCUUUAUGAAAUGUAUAAUGUUCUGUUGUUGUGACGUUGUGUGAGAGGUGUUUCUUUAUCUCCAGUAAUCUUCUAGCUGUAUUGUUUUGGAUUUCAAUAUUGAAAGGUGUUUCUCAUUUUCUGUCUAGCUCCAGUAUGUCACUGGUAAUAGACUAACACAGACCCAUAGAAGUGUUUGAAUGUUGUCUUCCAUUUGCUGUUGGUUCGGCAGCUGCAGGGGGCAUUGUUUAAAACUUAACACUAGUUGAAGAGCCGGUUUUUGCUGGAAAUGACUUUGACUGGAAAUAUGCACACACCGAGUGGAGAGAUCAUUUGAGUUCUCCGUUACAGGCAUGAUUUGAUGUAUUUUAGUGUUCUCUGUAUUGUACUUUACCUCAGCACAUAAUCAAAUGUUCAUCACAUUCUUACAUAUCAAUGUUUUAUGUGGAGUAGUGUCAAGAAUGGGACAGGGUGCUCAAUUUUCAUUCAACUGUGGUCAACACAGUGUUAAACAGUAUUGAUGCAGGGGGCUCACAGUCGUUGAAGAGUGUCAAUAGUUUCUAUACUUAGACCUCACAUACCGAGGGAGGAUGGUUGAGCUGAUGGAGCAGCUGGGAGCAGAGCCAGGUGGAGCAGAGUGCAGGAAAGUGUCGUCUUUAUAGAGGAAAGCAGCAGGUUUUCUCUGUGAAGCCAGUGUGAGGAUCUCCACUGAAACUAAUAGUUGGUUAGUUAGUUAAGUUACUCAAAAAACAAUAUUGUAAUACUGUACUAAUGGUAUUGUAAUUUGUGUAUUUUUUAAAAAACACUACUUGGGCUUAACUACUAAUUUUUCACUAUUGGUUAAUCUAUAAAUUUUUUAAUUAACAGACAAACUGCCCGUAAUUGUUUGAGUAAUAUUUUAACAUUGCUUACCGUAUGUUUACUGACCAGCAGACAAACAACCCAACAUUAUCACUAUUGUAUAAAAGCAACGUUUAGCAUUUGAGAAUCUCUAAUCAACCAAUGUGUUGUGAUUUCUGUAUUUAAAAGAUUACCCGAUUCUCAAAUUGGAUACAUUUCUUGACCAUUUAGUAAUCAAUUUAUCAAUUGAUCAAUUUAUCUAGGUUAGUUUAAAGUGGCAAUAGACAAGAGUUUUGCUUUAACUUAUAAUCAUGACGUAAAUGUUGAUUUUACAAUGUAAUGGUACGAUUUCAGGGGGAAAUGAAGGGUUGAUUUGUGGUACAAAGGAAGUGCAUAAAAUGUUGUGCGACUAAAACAGGAACAUGAUAGUGCUUUUGCAAUCCCCAGUUACCGAAAAUUGUCAAUCUAGGUUCAUUGCAGUACAUUGCAGGAACAACCGAAAUAUCUGUGGAAAACCAAAUGCAGUGUGGACAACUCUUUUUCAAAUGAAAGUAGCUAGCACUAGCUCCAAAAGUAGCUAAACCUCUCCAGAUGACCUCAUAACUCAUUUGCAUAUUAGUGACGUCAUUGCACAUUCUUGUGCAUAAUGCUUGUAAUUGUUUGGUUAAUUUUACAAUGUAUUUGAAUAUAUUUCUUGUUUUUUCCCUGAUGGACUGAAUAAGUCGUUUAAUUUGUCCCUAGUAGGCUCUGAGGAAAACGGAAAGCUAUGUGGUUGUCUUUGUAACAGCAGCGCCAACAAUAACAGCCUACUACUUAGCUAAGGGGGAGAAAACUUGUCUAUUGCCACUUUAAGAAAUAAAACCCCUUUUUUCCCCAUUUAACAGAAGGUCAGACUUCUACAUGAUAAAUAUGUACAAACGCAAGCAGCACACAAAAAAAUGGUACGAAAUGGGUAAAUCCAUGAUUGAAAUCUGAAAUUAUUUGAUCAAAAAAAUAACUAAAGUAACUGUAAAACAAAAAAGUGUGUCAUCUGCAGUGUUGCCAACUCUUUUCAAAUGAAAGUAGCUAGCACUAGCUCCAAAAGUCGCUAAAGAUCGCCAUAUGAAGUCAUAUGCUCAGUUACGUGUUGGUGACGUCAUUGCCCAUUCAUUUGAGCAAAGCUUUGGGUCAGAACCAAAGAAGUAUUGAGAUUGGAUGCCAUGCCCUGUACUGGAAAGGCUACUACACUUAACCCCCAUUCACCAAAGUCAACUCUCCCCUGACCCGCCUGGUCAUCCUCAUUCUAGCUGUGUUCAUGGUUGUUGUGAUUGUUUUCCUCCUUGUUCAGUAAAUCAUAGCGUUGUUCUAGAGAGCAGGUUUAUUGAAAACACUGAGUUAGUAACCAUGAGAUGAGGGAAACUGGGUUUUCAUUCCCAGAAAGAGAGAUAACUUGAACUUAUCAACGUUAUCUUUAUCCCUUGCCUUUGUUAACAGGUGGGAAAUAAUUAUAGCUGAGGUUUGAACGAUGACAACUUGAAAUCUGCACAUGUUCUGAGCUGAAGCUUGCAGGAAUGCUGUAAUUGUAGACGACAGUAAACAGUAACUGAAAGCUGAGGGAUGGGUAGUUACUGAAUCUCAAGUGCCUAGAAAAGAAUAGUAACGUUUGUACUUUGACUGAGCUACUUCUAUUAACCUUUUUUGAAGGUUGCUUCCAUUUUCUAGCCUUGGCUUCGGUCUUGAAGUUACAAAUAUUUAAGGGGCAGAAGAUGGUUUGAAGUUUGGAGAUUGUUAGACCUCUGUGACUGAAUGUAUUACUUAAGGUCCAGUUUUUGUAUCUGAAUUUUGUAAAACGUAUGAACUGCCUUGCAGUGUUCUGCUGUCUAAGGUGAGAUGCAUAAACCUUGCCUCCCUAGCAGAUUUAGAACAAUCCAUUCCAACCAGUCCAGGACUAAUUUCAAAGCACAUCUGACGGUCAUUUGUGUCCUUAUUUCAAUUGGAAGAGUAUCGUUAUGUUAUCUUCUCCCUAUAGAUCUACCUUUAGAUCAAGGGAAGUAGGUAAAUACAUAAUUAAAUACACUGAUAAGGAGAGUAACAACAAGCUUGGACACAACCUCAGACAAUCAUCAAAUGCCAAAAAACUUUUAGUUUUGAAAGGAAAGUAAGUUUUUUAUUGAGUACUUGACAGUGGCCAAAUGAUGAAGAAUACUGAAUCACCACAACUACAAAGCUGGUAAAAGAUGUGAUGUUUUUUAAAUUUGCUCUUGUAAAAGCAAAUGUUAUUGUUUAACCCUAUUUGUGGGUAAUCCUACUUCGACAUGCAGACAUAUGAUGCCACUGUGUUGCAUGUUCCAACAGAUCACCUUGUAUUGCUAUUGUUGCAGUGAAGCAGCAAUAAGAACGCUGUUUUGUCAAUCGUAGUGAUUUGUGCCAACUGAAUGUAAACAUAGCUACUAAUACCACACCCUGUGUUUAAUCUCUACUGAUGAUGGUGUAUCUGUAGGAACGUUUUGAAAUAUCAAAUGAAAAAUAAAACUGGAUGUUAA